GCACGUGGGAAAUUUGUCCGCGCGGAAUAUGUCGAAUAAUUCGCAGAAUAUUUAUGGUAUCAAUAACUCAGCGGACACUUACUAUGGGACCCUUUUCUCGCAUUUAUCCUAUGGAAUGGGCGAAGGCAAUGCGUCCAACUCUCCUACUACUCCGAAUGCAGAAAGUGCAGCUGCCGCUGCUUUGGCAGCAGCGGCUUCUGGAAGGAACAACUGGUCUAACGCGGAUGGUUAUAGUGCCGUUUCGAACAUAAUGACUGGUAUGCGUGCACAUCCUUCAUCAAUGACGAGUUGCUCGAACUCUGGGGAUUUGUCAGAGUCUUCGUGUGGCAUUCCAUCCAGUUCUUUGGCGUCUCCUUAUGCUGCAACUUUGUUAGCUGCAGUAGCUGCCGCUGCCGCUGCAGCUUAUCCACUUCCUCAGGGUGCUGCAAGUACAGUUCCUGCUCCAACAGGGCGACAGUUUCUGCCAAAUGCUUCGAUGAAUAACAGGGCGGCUGACUUCACAACUAUGUAUUACGGCUCUUCGCCAAGACCAUCAUCUGUCACUACAGCAAACCAACUUGGCGGACUUCUGGGUAAUCUACCUAGUUGGCCCUUCACAGUUCCUCCAGCUCAGUAUCCAAACCAUUCAUUUAUAGAAAGAUCUGGCGGUGCAGUUGUUCCGCUUGAUGGUUGGACUUCUUCUAAUGGACAGCAGUUGACCUUGUCACCUGCUUGUGGUGAAGCUGAUUCGAUCAACCACUUCGGUCAAGGUCCUACUGAAGCAAACGUGUUAUCGAAGGAUUCACAUACUUAUUACACCACAUCUAAUAUGCGGGAUGCUGUCUUUGCAGCACCAGUGUCUUAUUCUCAACAACAGCAUCAAAUAAAUGCAGACGAUCCUGGUGUUUCAUUCAUUUAUCCUCAUCUAAAUGCAAAGCCGGUAUAUCCGUUCCCAUCUCAUGUAACUCAGUCACAUCUCGUGAAUGGAUUGCCUGGCGGUGCCUCAAAUGUAUUAGAUCCAUAUGUUUCUGUAAAUCAACACCAAAAAAUCCCACAACUGGUCAAUGAAUUUAAUCGGCUUAAUGUUUGUCAAAGUAUCGAUAUAGCAAACCGUAAUGAUAAUGGAGUAAAUCAUUCUCAUUCCCCUUUCUAUGAAGGCUCAGUUGUUGGGAAUGGGAAUAAUGUACAGCCAAAAAAUACUUCAUACACACAGGCACAGUGGUGUCAUAGAAAAGAAAAUAAUGGAAUUAAUAGCGCGCCUUCUAUGGACCAAUCAGAAAAGGCAUCUAGAUCACAACCUAGUUCAAGUGGUUAUCCAGCAAAUAGACUGACUACUUCAUCUAACAAUAGGUCUGCACAACCACCUGUUACUACAUCCGUCAAUAAUUCACCACGCACUAAGACUUGGGCCAAUAUAGCUGGACAACCACCUAAGGGCUCAGCUGCAGUUCUUCAAAACUCUGUCGGAUGGUCUACAAAAAGAUCUCAACCGCAUAAUUUGUCUGCUACAAACAGGUCUUUUCAAACUACUGGGAGCUAUCCGGCUGGCAGGACUAACUCCUUAAUAACAAGUGCACCUAGCAGUAAUGGACAUGUAACACACCAGGAGAAAGCAAACGCAGGUGAAAAAGGAAGUUUACGUUCUUUGACGGAAUCUAAUUCUGAAAUGAAUAGUACACAAGUAAACAAUGAUGACCAUUCUACUAAUACAUCGACAUCUGCUCUGUUAUCUUCAGACGAGUCUGCACAGGCCUUUCAACGUGAAUCAGAAGCAUUGCAUCAGCGUUUAGCCAAAGUGAUAAAUCCGACUAACUUUGACACUCAUAUAGAAAAAGCUCGGUUUUUCGUGAUCAAAUCGUUUUCUGAAGAUGAUAUACACCGGUCUAUUAAAUAUUCUAUCUGGUGUUCAACAGAAUUGGGGAAUAAGAAACUGGAUACAGCUUUUGCAGAGGCCAAUCAUGCAUAUCCAAUAUAUCUGUUUUUCUCAGUUAAUGGAUCUGGACACUUUUGUGGUAUGGCAGAAAUGGUUUCUCGAGUUGACUAUAAUGCUAGAGCUAGUGUUUGGGCUCAAGAUAAGUGGCAGGGUAAAUUUUCAGUCCGAUGGAUAUUUGUAAAAGAUGUACCCAAUACUGCAUUAAGACAUAUUCGUAUUGAAACCAAUGAUAACAAACCCGUAACUCAUUCACGUGACACUACAGAACUCCCAUUAGAACGAGGUCGACAAGUCAUGGAAGUACUUGCCACAUAUUCACAUACAUUGUCUAUCUUCGAUGAUUUCUUUUAUUAUGAUCAACGUGAAAGGCAAGAGGUAAGUUAGGUAGUUUCAUCUAGUUGAUAAUAAUAAAUGCUACACUACACAAUACAUUAUGCUUCUACUCCUUGUUUCCAUACUAGAUUGGAUGAGGAUUGAAAUAGAAGUUAUACUUCGUUUUAAGAGUAUAAACUUAGUGCUAAUCAACUGGAAAUGUAGUAUGCAGCAAUUUUUCGGCUUCUCGUGGCUUCCUCAUAGUGACGUAUAAAUACGCGUACUAGGAACGACGCAUGUUCAAAGUUUAAGGAUGUCAAAAAGAGUGAUAUUUUGUCACCGAAUCUGUCUAAAUCAUAUGGAGCAGCACUUAUUCGUAUCUAUCAAGCUAUAGCCCCCUAGGUUUAUAUUUGGUCCUAAACAGAAAAUUUCGAAUUUCACAAUGAAAAUUGAAGAGGCUAUUGUCGUUAUGAUUCUUUCUAUUCCUCGGUUUAAAUCUAUUUGGAAGUUGUUAAACCAAUAUGUAAAUAAAUGUUAUAAUUCAAAUAGCAUAACAUUACUUAUCUACGAACCAGUCCAUUUGUUGAUAUUGUUACUGAACUAGUCAAUAUCAACAUGGGACCAGGGGUUAAUGCACAGCGGUCCGAGUUUCAGGUGAUGAAACUAAGAAAGUAUGGUUAGACCGGCUGCAGACGUAACCCAUCUUCCUGGGUUUGAUUUACUGCUAGUAAUUAAAUUCAAAUAAAUUGUCCAUCAAUACAUUACUGAAUUAAUUAUAGUGAUUCUGUUAGGGAUGCUUAAUCCCUAAGAAAAACAAACUUAUAAUAUGUGUAUAUAAUCAUUGUAAAAUAUGAACCUUAUCUUCGAAUCAUGCAACGUUACUUACUUUUAACACCGGUUAAGAUACUAAACACUGAUUGGUCCAUUUUGCACUUUUUCAAAAAUGGACUAAUCAGCGUUUAGUGUCCUAACCCACGGUAAAAAAGAUCAUUGCAUGGUGCAAAAAGGGCGUGAAAAUAAGAUUUCAUCUUCACAAUGAUAACAUAUACAUAAGUUGGUUUUUCUCAGGGAUUAGGCAUCUCCAACAGAUCCUAGUUAUCUGUACUCAAAUAACUUAAUCUAAACAUCUACAUAUUUAUGUUUUGAGCAACCUGUCACGAUAGCUGUACUCGACUGUGAAUCGGAUCAUUUAUUUGACCAGCUGUUCUACUAUGAUCAUUGGGAGUGGGUUUGAACACGAGACUUGAGUUUAAGGCAAAGUAUUUUCUAAGACUGUUCUUGAAAGCCGAGAUUAAUAUGUAGCAUUUAAAAUCUGAAAUUUACUUAUUAUAGUGAAUAGCACUAACUAGUGGUUCCUUAAAUUUUCAGCUGUAUUACUUCUAGUCAUAUGGUCUUACUAAUAAAGCAAAGACAUAUUGUGUUAAAGACAGUUGCUAGCCUACACCUGAAGGUUACCAAACGUCAUUGGAUUUCCGCUACGUCAUCAAAACUGAUUGACGUGAGAAAACUGAUUCCAGCUGGCUGUGACCACGUUGAAGAGCGAAAACGACUCAAACGUAAGUUGAUCAGGAGUCGUCGAGUUGGUCACGAGCAGUAGUGGGUGGCGAAAGCGGAAGAGAGAUAGAGAAGGCAUCAGCGUCCCAAAAUACUUGGUAACUAUUUGGGUUCAUUAAGGAUACUGGUAAGAAGGAAUCGAUAGUUAUUGAAAACUUCGCCGAAAAGGAUGGGACGCUGGUCGCCUCCUAAGGACAGGCGGCAGAACACUUGGAGGCAUAGUUCAUCUGACCGACCGAUAGCUGCUACCUUGACGUGGUGGUCGGGCUUGCAUAUCACAAUGACCCAACAAUCUAUGUUGGUGGAACACUUGUUCCCUCGAGGUCCUACCCUUCCAGAAAGGUCUAUAGGAUAGUAGUUAGACGGAAAGCAGUUACCGUUGUGGUGUAAAUUACUACACUAUGGUGGGAGUCUGAGGGCGAAGUCGUACUGCUGCUAGCUGGAUGGGGUGUGACAGCAGUAAGGUGUUUCCCUUGGAUGACCAGCAGUGCCAUGCUGAUGCUGCCUUCUCAGUGGAAGGGGGGGGUUAGAAAAGGUCGGCCCCAAAAAUAACACACUCCACCACGCCCCACGGUCUGCCGGGCCGGCGGUGUUGGUUCACUUGUCGUUUCCUUUCGACCAUCCGGCCCCAAAAAUACAAAAGUUCAAAAUAAUCAUACUCAAAAGGCUGGGUGUGACAGGCCUCAAGCAGAUGUCCGAUGGGCUCUGCGGUCACACAAAUCUCUUUCAGGUACCUUAAGAAGAAAUAGCCUUCCACGGUGUGGGUAGACGGAAAGUGUUAACCGCCCUCACAACUUUGUCAACAAUCAAGUUUCGUCAGACGGCUAUCCACCUCCCUCAUCAUUACCUUCUAAUCUUCCUUCACGUCUCUCAACUAACGAUACUACAUCAUCUUCAAUUUCUCCUAGCUCUGUAGCCUUCGACAACGAUCUGAAUCCACAGAACA